AUGGGGAAUUCUUCAGCUGUGACCGAAUUCUUUCUCGUGGGACUUUCCAAAUACCCAGAGCUCCAGCUUCUUCUGUUCAUGCUCUGCCUCAUCAUGUAUGUGAUAAUCCUGCUGGGAAAUAGCCUCCUCAUUGUCAUCAUCAUACUGGAUUCUCGCCUCCACACCCCCAUGUACUUCUUCCUCGGGAACCUCUCAUUCUUGGACAUCUGCUACACAUCAUCAUCCAUUCCCCAGAUGCUUACCAUAUUUAAGUCUGGGAGAAAAUCUAUCUCCUUCAUGGGCUGUGCUCUGCAGAUGGCUCUCUCCCUUGGAUUGGGCUCCACUGAGUGUGUCCUCCUGGCUGUGAUGGCCUAUGAUCGAUAUGUGGCCAUCUGCAACCCGCUGAGGUACCCCAUCAUCAUGCACAGGCAAGGAUCCUAUGUGCUCAUGGGAGCUGGAUCCUGGUUUGCUAGGAUUAUCAACUCUGCAGUACAAACUGCAUUUGUGGUACAGUUGACCUUCUGUGGGAAUAAUGUCUUCAAUCAUUUCUCCUGUGAAAUUCUGGCUGUCAUGAAAUUGGCCUGUGUUGACAUCUCAGGCAAUGAGUUCAGCAUGCUGGUGGCCACAACACUGUAUAGACUGUUAUUAAUCAUUAUCUCUUACACAUUAAUCCUUGUCAGCAUCCUCAAAAUUUGCUCUUCUGAGGGGAGAAGCAAAGUCUUUUCCACCUGCUCUGCCCAUCUGACUGUGCUGAUAAUAUUCAAUGGUUCCAUUCUCUUCUUGUACAUGGAGCCCAAGUCUAAAGAGGCACUUAAGUCAGAGGACUUGGAUGCUACUGAGAAACUGAUAUCUCUGUUCUAUGGGGUGAUGAGUCCUAUGAUGAAUCCUUUAAUCUACAGUCUCAGAAACAAGGAUGUGAAGGAGUGA